UACAAAUAGAAGUCAGGUAAAACUGAGCAGCUUCAGCUUUCUGAUUGACCACAGAGACAAAGAGUGGAAGGAGUGAAGAGAUAGAGGCAGUUCACUCUCCAUCAGGAUCAAAUUCAGAAUGAAUCUCCACCAUGUUCUGUUCUUCUGCUUCUUCUCAGCACUGUGUGGUGGAAACUCUGGGAUCAAGAUCUAUACAGGACCUGAAGGAGGAAGUGGUAGAAUUGGUUGCCACUUGACUCUGUCUGGAAACAGGAAGUUCUUCUGUAAGAACGAAUGUAAAGGAGAAGAUGUUCUGAUUCAAACAGAUGAUGUCAGAGCUAACAGAGGCAGGUACAGCAUUGAAUAUAAAGGUGAAUCUUCUGGAAGAGGAAUUGUGUCUGUGACCAUCAGAAAUCUGACCCAGUCCGACUCAGGACGGUACAGGUGUGGUCUGGGCAGAUCUUCAGUUCCAGAGUCAAACUCUGACUUUGGGGUCAGAGUUUCAGAUGAGCUGCUGGACAGAAAGUCUGGUUUUAUCCAAACAGACACAGAAGGAGAAAAUGUUACAUAUUCAUGCAUCGAUGCUGUGAACAGAAGCAGAAUCUUCUUCUGUAAGGGAGAAUGUAAAAAAGAAGAGGACAUUCUCAUUGAAACAGAUAAGAACAGAGCUCAGAGUGGCAGAUACAGCAUCGAAUAUAAAGAAGGAUCUACAUUUGGACUGUAUGUCACAAUCACACAGGUGGUCAAGUCGGACUCAGGACAGUACAGGUGUGGUUAUGGUAGAGCUUUGUCUCCUGAUUCAUCACGCACGUUCUCAGUCAUUGUUGUAGACGAAGCCCAACCACUUCCAAACCAAACAGGACCUUCUUCAACAUCAAUCUCAGCAGGUUCCACAUCAGGAACAACACAGCCGCCUCCAUCAACUUCCCCUGGAAAUAACACUACAUCCACAGGUUAUUUCAUGCCUCUGGCUGUAGGUAUGCCCUCAGCUUUUGUGCUGAUGGCUGUUUCUCGGGUUUUCUACCUGUGUAAGAUGAGGUGGGGAUCUGUUUUGGACACCGAGGGAAACACAGGCAACAGAAACAUGCAGAGGGCCGUCUCAUAUAUUUUAAGAAUACCCCGCCAGGCUGAGAGGGAUUCUAACGCCAUAUCCUUGUUUGGGAUUCCAAACCUGAUGACUCCAUCUGCUGAAACCACAAACCAGCCAGCAGGGACUGAGACCAAACCUACUCUGCUUAUCCAAACAUAGAAAAGAAAUAGUAAUGUUUGGAUCUGAAUCUGGAUUUUGUAUUGUGCCGUUUAAAAUCUAAAUCUGGUAUUUUUAAUAAUCUCUCUUCUGAUCAUAUAGAACUGAUUGUGUUAGUGAAGAUGUUCAACAUCUUCUCAUUUGAUUAUUCUGAAAUGAAAGUUUAGCAGUUUUUUGAUGUUCCCUCUUUUAAACUUUGAGUAUUACACAAAGAAAUGAGCACAGUCCAGAUUUAACCAGUUACUUGAUAAGUCAGUUGCACUUUGUAAUGAAAGCUAAGAAAAAACAAUCUUCCUCAGUUAUUUGUUCUAGUUUUGUUUUCAAUUAUCAGUGUUGUAUCAGUGUUAUUUGUCACACUUGUUGGGUCUUUGACUAGCUUUUAUGAAUGUUUUAUUAAAUAUUUAUCAUUAUUUUUUCUUCAGAUUUAUCCUAUCCUAUCCUAGGCCUCAAACACCUGACAUCAUCUUUUGUUGUCAGUUUUGGCGUGCCUACUUCUUUUCUGUUUUUGUUUUCCCUCACAGGAUAAGAACUUCCAAACAGAAGCACAGUUGGGAUGUUAAUGACGUAAACCACAAUCCCUUGGUUUGAUAGAGGCCUUGCUUUAUCUUGCUGAUUCUACUGAUUUAUAAAUUCUAUAAAAAUAUUUUUACUCUUUUUUACUUGUCACUUUAUCAUGACUGCAGCAGGUUUUGUCCAUGUCAGGAUCAUAUCAGUGAGCUGAUUAGUCAGCAUGUGGGUGGUUGUCAUAUUAAAGCUGAU